AGACGCCCCGAGCCGGCGGCGCGGCGGGGCCGCCGCGCGCGGGGCGGCCCCGCCGGCAGUGCGCGGGAGUUGCCGCGCGGGGCCUCGACUCUCUUCGCGGCAGAAGGAGAGGCCCGGUCCUCCACAUGGAGUGCUGGACCGCUCGGCCCGCCGCCCCGGCGGGGCUCCCCUGUCCCGCAGCGCCGGGCCGCCGCAGCGCCUGCCGGCCUGGGUGCGCGCGCUCGGCGGCGCACCGCCCCAGGAGGCUGCAGCAGCCUGGGAGAGCGCUCCUCGCCUGCGGCAGCGGCGCGCGCUACUUGCUUCCUGACCAUGCGUGGCGGCGGGGGGGGGUUGGGACGGCGCGUCGGCGACUGGCGCGUCGGCCGCUCCGCGCGGACACCCCCAGCGUGGUGCUUGCUGCAGGCAGCGCGUCGGGGCGGCCGCCCUUCGACGUCGUGGAGACCCCCGACCGCGGGAAGGUGGCGGUUGCCAACCGCCCGCUCGCCGCGGGGGCCGUGGUCCUGGACGAGGCGCCCCUGCUGCUGCUGAGGCUCACGGGCGACGCCGCGCGAGACGCCGGGGGCUCG